AUGGGCACAGAUCACGCCGUACGAAGCCUGAUAAACUCUUGUACAGAACUCUCACAAGCGCAAGAAAUACACUCCCGCAUUGCCCAUCCCGACCGAUUCACCCUCAACAUUCUCGUCCAGAUGUACGGCAGGUGUGCGAGUGUCGAAAAUGCCCGCCGAAUCUUCAAUGAGAUUCGACCGAAGAAUCCAUUCUCGUGGGUAAUGAUGAUCUGCGCGUAUACCAGAAAUGGACAUCUCAAAGAAGCGCAAAAACUCUUUGAUGGGAUGGAUCAGAGAGACUUAGUAGCAUGGAAUGCCAUGCUAGCUGCAUAUGCCCAAAGAGGGUACUUAGAGGAAUCCAUAAGAAUCUUUGAUUCAAUGCCCGAGCACGACCACUUUUCUUGGAACUCAAUCCUUUCAGUCUAUAUGGUGAACUCAAAGGUACUGGAAUCAGAAAGAAUAUUUAGACUUAUGCCACAGAGGGAUAUUGUUUCGUGGACAACUAUGCUUGGAGCACAUACGCGGUCUGGACAUUUGGAAGAGGUCAAGAACUUCUUUGACAAAAUGCCUGAGAGAAACUUGGUGUCGUGGAACACAAUGCUAUCGUUAUAUGCCCAAGGCGGACAUGUCUCGGAAGCAAAAAUAUUGCUUCACGCUUUUCCCGAAAGUGAUGUUGUAUCCUGGAAUGCAAUGCUUUUUCUCUAUGCCCAUGAAGGGAAUCUGGAAGAAACCGAGCACAUUUUUUACAGUCGGAUGCUUGAGUGGGACGUAAUUUCAUGGAACACGAUGCUCACGGGAUAUGCGCAGAACGAGCAUAUGGAAAAGGCCAAGAGACUCUUCUCCUUGAUUCCAGAAAAGAACAUUGUCUCUUACAAUGCAAUGCUGUCUGCUUAUGAUCUCAACCUUACUGGUAGCAGCUGCAUCGAGGAAGCCACCAGUCUGUUUGAUCGAAUGCAAGAGUGGGAUAUUGUCUCUUGGAACACUCUCCUUGCUACGUAUGCCCGGAGAGGACAUACUGAUCGAGCUAAAGAAGUCUUUGACAGAAUCCCACAGAAAAACUUGGUCUCGUAUAACACUUUGCUCAAUGGAUAUGCCCAAAACGGGCAUGUCGAUCUCGCUAACUCUCUACUCAACUCAAUGCCAGAGAGGGACGUGGUGUCAUGGGAUUGCAUGCUCUCGGCAUACGCACACGCAGGGAAAGUUGGCGAUGCAAAGGCCCUCUUUGAUCAAAUGGAAACAAAAGAUAUCGUCUCCUGGAACUCAAUGCUGUCUGCAUAUGCCCAAAACGGCCGUCUGGAGGAAGCAAAGAGCUUAUUUGAUCAGAUGGAAGAUAAAAACCUGGUAAGUUACGACGCAAUGUUCUCAGCAUUCCUUGGUGGCGGCUACAUUGAAGAGGCAAAGCUAAUGUUUGACUUAAUUGAAAACCGGGACGUAGUUUCGUAUAACUCAAUGGUGGCGGCAUUUGCCAGAAGCGGGGAUCUUGACGAGGCUAAGGCCGUGUUUCAUGACAUACCGUACAAAAAUGUGGCAUCUUGGAACGCGAUUCUCUCGGCAUAUACCCAGCGUGGACUGGUCAACGAAGCAAAGAAGCUGUGGAUCCAAAUGCCGGAGCUGGACACGAUUUCUUGCAAUGCGAUGUUGGCUCUGUACGCUCACCACGGCAGCGAGUACGAAUAUGCCACGCAUCUCCUACAUUCCAUGAAGAUGAGCUCCAUUCCACUGGACGAAACCUCCUUCCUUUGCGUGCUAGUUUCGAUCAGCCGCACCGGGGAUGUUGGAUCUGGGCGAUCGUGCUUCGCGUCCAUGGUUUCGGAUUUCGGGAUGGCCACGCCCGGGAAGAAGAUCUACUGCUGUUUAGUCGAUCUGCUGGGUCGCGCGGGGCACUUGCGAGACGCACACGAUCUCGUCGCGAGCAUGCCCUUUGUUCCCGACAGUGUGGAUUGGAAGUGCUUGCUGGGAUCGUGCAGGAGCCACGACAACAGCCGCGGAGGGAGCGUGGCGGCGUCACAGGCCAUGCUUGCCGAUCCCCAAAACUCUGCUCCUUACGUGCUUUUGGCGAGCAUUCACCAUCGUACGGAAGUGAAAGACUCAGUCAAAGAUGGUCUUGUAUGA